AUUCCAAGUCUGCCUUGCCUGCGUGCGACAAGUCAGCUCGACGAAGGCUCGUCUAGGCUCAAGGUAUUGAUAUCCAUGUCAGUGUGACGCAGCUGCGCUGUUCCUCUUCUCUGCGACUCUGCAAUUCUUUACCUCUAUUCGAAACUCCUCUUCAAACUGUUCAAGGUCUGCCCGACAACGAGGCGCUGCGAUAUGAUGUGAUACCUUGGUUCCGAUAAGCCCUUCGUGGAGUUGCAUCUUCUAUACCCAUAUUCCAUAGACCUACCUGCCUGGAGAGGUGACAGCUAUGGGCGAUAACCAGCCCUACGUAACAUUGAGGUCGAGGCGACCCGCCGACGGUAUCAGUUUAAGCAGUGGGGAUUCUACUUACGGCUCCAGCGCGGGAGACGACAAGACAGCGGCCGCGACGCAUGACAUUAGUCGCGUCAACUACCAUGUUAAGCACUUGUCCGACUUUGCGAAAUCGCUCGAAGAUUCUGCCGCGCGGGCGUUUCCCAACCAUGGCCGAUCGCAGCGAUAUAAGAAGGUCCAAACGCUCUUGCUUCACUGGAACUGCGACGACUUGUUUGUGCUCCCGGAACUUGAGGACCUUGAACAGUGCCUCCGAGAUGACUACAGCUUCGAGACGGAGAAAUUCCCCAUCCCUUCGGACAACCCCCAUUUGGAGCUGAUGAUGAGGGUGGGAGCCAUGAUCAAGGAACACGAAUCGAGUGAUACUCUUUUUAUCAUCUACUAUGGAGGCCAUGCGAGGAUAGACGAGUCGAGGCAGAGCACGUGGUGCGCAACCCGUAGUUCUGAGUCUCCGUGGCUACAGUGGUCUGCCAUCCAAACACUGCUGGAACGCUCGCUUUCUGACGUUCUGAUUCUCCUGGAUUGCUGUGCCGGUGCUGCGAGUGCCACUUUCCCCAAUGGCAACAGCAUUACAGAAACAAUAUCAGCAAGCAGCUGGGAUGCGAUAGCGCCCGACCCGGGACGGUACUCGUUCACCAACGCUGUCAUCGAGGUUCUCCAGGAAUGGAAAAACCGCACUUACUCGGCCGCCAUGUUGCACGCAGAGAUCCUAGCACGUCUGAAGCAUCCGCGACCCAUUGUGCGGCUUGGAAAACAUUUCGAGACUCGAUCCACGCCGGUGCACUUCAUGAUGACUUCUAAUCACAGAGCUCCGAGUAUCGAGAUGGCACGAAUCGUGUCUAGUGAUAAGCGGCCGCCUUCACCGCCACAAGAACUUGAAAGUGAGCCUUUAGUUGCCACGGGACGAUCUGUAGGGCCGCAUAAUGGUGUUGGGACCGAACCCAACGACGAUGUGCCGCACGUGAUGAUAUCUCUAGCCCUGGAAGAUGAUCAGAGACUUGAUCUCAAUGCCUGGGAAAACUGGCUUUCCGCUUUCCCGGCAAUAGCGAAAUACGUCAAAGUGCAAGGCGUGUUUAAAAGUCAUUCGACUCUAUUGCUUUUGUCGCUCCCCGUCAUGGUUUGGGACUUGCUCCCAGACGACCUUGCCUGCAACUUUAUCGCUUUUAUAAGAUCGAACAACAUGGCCAUGCAGGAUGGCGGCGAACCCGAAGCCGCUCAGAUUGAUGUCCCCGCAAUUUCAGAGGAAGAGUCCAGGGCCAUUCACACACACAGGACUACGUUAACCUACGAUCCGCGAGCCUUGCCUGGUGGCAGCGGCAAGAGGGGCCGCGCAACGUCAGAUUACACGGGCAGCCAUUUACCCCGAGCCGAGAUGGCGUCGACUCGCAAGUAUAAACCUUCCCCGAACAGCUCGACGUCCACGAGCCAAACAGAGACUACUCCGAGAUGGGGAGGCUCUCCUAUAUUAGGGCAGCCUCAACGACACCCCACAGCCCCGGCAUCGAAUAUCACUCGCACAGCUUCCAGCGAUGGGAUAUCGAGACAGAUGAUACUCAACCAGGCUCGCAGCUUCAGAAGGACACUGGUUUCGAGCGACAAUCUCCCUACACGUCCUAAGCUUGCGCCCCAUGUUCAGUCUCGCUUAGAAGACUACUUCCAGGAGGCCCCAGACCCUACCGUAGCUGUGAAGGAGUUUCUGGCUUCCAACCUGGGUAUUGAGACUACCGAUAUCGAUUUAUGGUUCUACCACCGUCGAGAGCAGCAGGAGGUUGCCAACAGACUCCAGAGCCUUACAAUUGACGACCAUAGGCAGGAGCCGGCGAGGGAGGGACCACGGAUGAUCCUGCCAGGGCAUCUCAAUACACUGCUUGAGAUCUUUCCCAUAGGCCGAGUGUUACUGGUUGAUCUCCGUUCCCAAGAAAAUUACGAGAGGUCACACAUUCAUGGCUCAAUCAACUUCCGAGCUCCUGCCACCUUUGUGCAACGCGCGUCCCUAGCGAUGUUGGAGAAGGCGCUUGCCGACGAGGCUAGUCGGAAAGCCUUCAACCAGUGGUAUACUAGUGAAUGUGUUGUAUUUUACGAUAGGCACGUCGAGUUCGCCUGGGAGUGCCCUACGGCGGAAGCUCUAUAUCACAAGUUCAAGGGCAAGGGAUGGAAUAGGCACGGCUUCAUCCUCAAGGGUCAUUAUCGCGAGUUUUCUGAGUCCUUUGAUAGGUACAUUGGAGGGCAAAGAAUGAGCGAGAACGCCAAGAAAUGUUUCGAGAGCCUCACAGAAAGGUCUCUAGAGAAGAAGACAGAGAAUCAGGAACAGUACAAGGAGUGGCUCCGGUUGUUAGUGAACGAAGACAGAAUUCCCACAGAGUUGGUGCCCGUAGCCAAGGCCGAGCGUAUGGAAGCUAUGGUGAGACACCAGAAAGAGCUUGAAGACGAAUUCGAGCGGCGGAUGCCGUCUCUGUACAGGAAGGUCCUCGAUCUCAAACCGGACAACAGCAAUUGGGACCGAAAGGUUACCCUGGUAGAACCCCUCUCUCGGGGCUUGACCAAGAUGCACGAGGCUGGAAGGGCCGGCGGCGACUCCAAGUCUGGAUACCCCGGGUACCAUGACAAGCCACGCGGCAAUCACCAGCUGCCGACUGAAGACUACGAUCUGAUGGAUUCGGACGACGAGCAGCCCAGCAACGAGGCGGCGUUUCAAAAGUCUAGCAUCAAGCUAUCCGAGGAUGCGGCCGGGGCUUCAAGUGGAAGUGGCGAUCUGCCAAAAAAGGGACGGGGACCCCGGGGGUUGUUGCAGAAGGUGCUACGGAGCGGACGGUAGAAAACUUCUGUCGGGAAGGUUGAUAGCGAGAGAUGCUAGGAUAGAUAGCCUUUGGUUCCGUCAGGUCGACGUUUGAGAGAAGCACGGGGUCUAGAAGUAUCCAAGCUGAAGUGAAAGGGAAGCUAUCAAGGACCACCUAAGGCACUCGUUGCACAUAGUUCGUUGAAAACACCUACCUUGUAGAUUUGGAAUGAGUUUCGGAGAGCAAACGGGGUUCAUGGGGCGAGUGCCAGGCAGGGCAGGGUACUCAUCAUAUUUAUGACUUGGAAAGGAUCUCCGAUUGGCUCCCUGGCGUUUGACAGCUCGUACAUAAUAGAUGACACAUUCAUGCGACGGCAGACCGAGAAGAUCUUUCUAAGCCGUAAAUGCGGGACUAUAUGCUAACUCGGCUCUGAUCAGAUCGAUUAAUAUAUUUAGGUUGGACAG